AACCCACCACUACGAGGCUCGCCGCCGCCGCCGCCUCCCCCCAUGGCGGCCGUCUCGAGAGGCCUCCUCGCGCGCCUCCGCCACCUCUCCAUCGCGGGCCCCCGCCUUCCGCCUUGCCGCCUCUUCUCCGCCGAGCCCCUCGUCUCCCCUCCCGACGACGAUGACGCCGGCGGGGGCGGCGGAGGAGGGGAGGGCGGGGGCCGGAUCAUAGAGGCUCGGGCGGGGGUGAUGGGCCCGGACUCGAGGCGGACCGGCGUGAUCGGCGUCAAGUGCGGCAUGUCGGCGAUGUGGGACAAGUGGGGAGCGAAAGUGCCCAUCACCGUCCUCUGGGUAGACGACAAUGUCGUCUGCCAGGUCAAGACCGCCGAGAAGGAGGGGUUCUUCGCGCUUCAGCUCGGAGCAGGUCAAAAGAAGGAAAAACAUCUAAGGAAGCCAGAAGUGGGCCACUUUAGGGCACAAGGAGUCCCUCUAAAGAGAAAACUGAAGGAAUUUCCUGUUACUGAGGAUGCACUUCUUCCUGUUGGGGCAACAAUCUCAGUUCGCCAUUUUGUGCCUGGACAAUUUGUGGAUGUUACUGGAAUCACAAAGGGGAAAGGAUUUGCGGGUGGUAUGAAAAGGCAUGGUUUUAGUGGGAUGCCUGCAUCACAUGGUGCAUCUCUAUCACAUCGCAGCAUUGGUUCUACUGGUCAAAGAGAUGCUCCUGGAAGGGUCUUCAAAAACAGAAAGAUGCCUGGUCGUAUGGGUGGUGUACAGCGCACCGUGAAAAAUGUAUGGGUUUACCAAAUAGACCCUGCCAGGAACUUAUUGUAUCUGAAAGGCCAGGUUCCUGGUCCUCAAGGUAGCUUUGUUUUUGUUAAGGACUCAAUAUACAAGAAACCCGACAUAUCUUCUCUGCCAUUCCCAACAUAUUUCUCACAAGAAGGUGAGUCGGAGGAGCUCCUCGUAGCUGAUCUUGGUGACAUCGACCCAUUCAUGGUAGCAGAUUAAAAUUAGGGCAUGGUUCGGAACGGUCCCUUUGUUUCCUGUGCACUGCAGCUUGACCAUCCGACAAAAUCGUUUAUUGAAUUUUGCAUCAAUAUAUGAGUAGUUGCUUGCAAGAGUCAUCCCAUUCAUGGCCCGUCUCUGAUCAAUGUUGUUCCAUAUACAUUACUUGGCAAAUGUGUCAGGGCCCUAACUCAAUUAGGGUUUUGAGCUGAUUGUUUGACAGAAUGGAACUUUUUUGUUCAAUAAGUUGUGUAAUCUAAGCUUCAGAUAGAUAUAUAAAAUGGGAAAGAUUCACUGCA